AUGACAAAAGUCUCGUACGAAACCCAGGCUUACAGCCCGGCAUGCUUCGACAACCUGAGGUACCUCGACGAUGCCCAAAAAGAACUGGAAAGUAGAAAUUUGACCCGUGAGGGUCUCAGGCCAGUCAGGGAGCUCUUUCACAAGCAUAAUGUUCAAAAACAACUUGGACUCACAAUUCUGCACCGUCAUUUCAACAUGGCUCCCAACGAGAGACUGGUUGAAUAUGGAAAAGUUACCACCCCAUGGCUCCUCGAAUCCGGCGAGAUAUUCGGUGGAAAGAUUGUCCCAAGGGGUUGGGCACUACACCAGGGAGAAUUAUACCCCACCGAAUUUGGCUUUAACCCACUCGGAGACACGACCUAUCCGGACAUCUCGUUUUCAUCUGAAUUCGUUAGCGAACUCAAGGAUUUGUUCUCUAAACUCAAGCUCGAUGAUCUUUUUGGGUUGACGGUCCUUGAUAAUGGAAACCCCUUGGAGAUGCCUGGUGUUGAAAGGACUAUUGGAAGGGUCAGCCUUAAUAUCCCGUUCCAGGAAGGGGGUUCAAACAACACCGUGGAGGCAGUUUGGACCUUUGGAUGUCAUGAGAGCUUGGAUAAUUCAACUGUCUGGCCGGCACGUAUUUGUUGGGUUUGCAAAGAGUGCAAACACAAGUAA